AAAAGCAACUUAAGUGGCGUUAGUUAGCGUUACAUGCUAACACGAACAACACCAGGGUCACUUUGGGACAGUUGAGGCAGGAACAUGAACAGCAAUGGCCGACAGAGGGCAGAAAUGUCUAACGUUACUUAAGUUACCUUAUUACAAUAAUAGGAUAGAAGAAGACGCUAAUGAUGCUGCCUGUGACCACCGGCUCUCGAUAGCACUCAGACUAUCGACCUUACAACUUAUCGCUGUGAUGCUCAGCGUUGGGUAAACAGUCCACAGACGGCCGUGCAGUACUCCAGCUGAGGUUCCCUCCAACGGGGACAUCGGAGCCAUGGCAACGGCGCAGUCUGCCGUAACGUUUGCGGUGUGCAUCCUCAUGAUAACAGAGCUGAUACUUGCCAAGAAGGACUACUAUGAUAUACUGGGAGUGCCUAAAGAUGCUACUGAGCGACAGAUAAAGAAGGCUUUCCACAAGCUUGCGAUGAAAUAUCACCCAGAUAAGAACAAGAGCCCAGACGCUGAAGUGAGAUUCAGGGAAAUUGCUGAAGCUUAUGAAACUUUAUCAGAUGAAACCAGAAGGAGAGAAUACGACCAGUUUAGUGACACCUCUGCGUACUUCACUGGGGAGACACGAGGCAGACGUAGACAGGGUGCCCACCAACCUUACUCCUUCAACUUUGAUGACAUCUUCAAGGACUUUGACAUCUACAGCCAGAACAGGCACGCCCGUCACCGAAGACACUUCGAGGAGCACUCCAGGUCCCACAAGGAGUCCCACAGCAGACAUAAGAGACACUUUCAAGGAGGUUUUGGUGCCGGUAUCUUUGAUGACGUGUUUGAUGACAUAGAGAAAAUGUUUAGCUUUGACGGACACACGGCACAGACUGAAAACAGAUUUCAUGGUGCAUCAAAACAACACUGUAGGACAGUGACGCAGCGCAGAGGAAACAUGGUAACCACAUACACAGACUGUACUGCAUCUUAAGGUGCAAGGUAAAAUGACCUCUGACUCAAAAUGGCCUUAAGGGGAUACAAUACUGUUGUAUUGAUUUGGUAAUGGAAAGCCACUUGGUUCAAAUGCUGUGAAGUUUGAACAGUGACAUCGAUAUCUGACAUUCAGGCACUUAAUGACAGUGACCACUCAGUUUACUUAGCUUGAAGUCUAAAUUCAAAUAAGCUAUGUUUUGUUCAAGCUAUUCCCCGUGUGUGCUCAUGGACUUGUACAUGAUUGUAGUAGUUUUUCACUUCUUGUUAAAGUAAGCGGGCAGCGAGUAUUUUCAAGCACCUUUUUUUUUUGAUAGUGGAAUUUGUUAUGUUUUACUGUUUUGGAAAAAUAAAACAAUGAUACGGAAUUUGG